GUGGCAGCAGUGAUGGUAGCCAUGGCGAGACUGUGUUAAUGGUCUGUCGUGCGAGGCUUACCUAAAACUGUGCCGUUAGCUUUGGGAAAGUGAUUGAAAUGUUGUACCGAUAUACGGUCGCCAUCUGUACAUCACUCUGCAUAAGGGGACGUGUGUAAUGAGCAUGAAUUGUCUGUGACCCUCCGAUACCCAUCCUAAUCAGAUCUGGGAGUCUUCAACUCCAGCCAGUGGAGUGAAAUGGUGUCAAAUGGGGUGUUUAAUUUCCCUGGAGGACAUUUCGGAUCAGAGGCAGACUGGAUGUGAAGGGGCCUGUAUCCAGUUUUACAAUUUUUUCCUUUUGGUUUGUUUUAUUUCACCCCUCUCUCUCGUCUUCUCGCUCAGCCCCAGGGCGUGGGCAGCAGCCAGAGAUGACGGAGUACAAGCUGGUGGUGGUGGGCGCUGGGGGCGUGGGCAAGAGUGCCCUCACCAUCCAGCUUAUCCAGAACCACUUUGUGGACGAGUAUGACCCCACCAUCGAGGACUCAUACAGGAAGCAGGUGGUGAUUGAUGGGGAGACGUGUCUUCUGGACAUCUUGGACACAGCUGGACAGGAAGAGUACAGCGCCAUGCGGGACCAGUAUAUGAGGACCGGGGAGGGCUUCCUCUGUGUCUUUGCCAUCAACAACACCAAGUCCUUCGAAGACAUUCAUCAGUACAGGGAGCAGAUCAAGCGGGUGAAGGACUCGGACGAUGUGCCCAUGGUGCUGGUGGGGAACAAAUGCGACCUGCCGGCCCGCACGGUGGACACCCGCCAGGCGCAGGAGCUGGCCCGCAGCUACGGCAUCCCCUACAUCGAGACCUCAGCCAAGACGAGACAGGGGGUGGAGGACGCUUUCUAUACCUUGGUGCGUGAGAUCCGACAGCAUAAGCUCCGGAAGCUGAACCCACCAGACGAGAGCGGCCAGGACUGUCUGAACUGCCGUUGUGUGGUGUCGUGACCCGGCUCGUCAACCGGGUGGGGGGGCCGGGAUCCAGCAAACGGGGGCCGUGUGGCAAGAUGGACGUGAAGGGACUGCUCAAAAAAAAAAAGAAAAAAGGAAAAUGUACAAAUACAAGCUAUGGGAAAGCGAGGCGGAAGGAUGAAGCUGUUUGACCUUAGGGCUGGGAUCAGAGGGUGGCUCGCCCACCAGGACGUCUCCCCGCCCGAUGCACGCGCUCACAUCACCAAGGACUUCUCUCCUGUGUGCUUCGCUCAGGGCGAGUCUGUGAGUCCUUUAACUUAUUGUUUUGCAGUCUCGACACUGGUCUCUCGCUGGACGCCUUCCUGACAGCAUGCCCCACACUGGCCUGGCUAAGAGCCCUCCUGUGACCUUGGACACGCCUCAAAAUGGCUGGAGGUGGAGGGCGCGGCCAAUGAAAUUACAGCAUCGUUUCCGUUUGUAUUUAGCUAAAAGGAAUGUUGUGAAUUGAUUCUUGGGUAGUUUGUUUAAAGAAGAUCACGCUUUAUGUGUUGAGUGUUUCCUGUCGGCCGUCCUGGGCGUCAUGUUGGGGAGUGGGCGGGGCUCCGGGCAGGGUUCACAUCACUUUGUGUCACCCGUGUCACAUGACUCCCCUCCCCGGGACCCACACCAAGGUCCUGUUUGCUGCAUUCGCUCAGGCUUGUCUGUCAGGGGAGGGGCAGCCCAGUGGAUUGGCCUGUAAGUGGCACCUUCCUGCACAUGACCUGCCCAGGAUGGACGCACGUUGUUAUUAUUUAACUGGGAUGUAGAACAGUGGAGUCUUUAAAUCAUCUGUUCUUUUUUUUGUUGUUUUAAUUCUCCUUCUUGGAUAUGUAAAGUCAUUGCAGUAGGACGCUUUUGACUACCCACCCUUUCUGUUUGUUAGUUUAAUUCAUGAAUCCAUUUCCUGACUUUUUUUUUUUUUUGUUAAAAAAAAGCUUUAUUUGAAGCUGGCUACAGUGAUUUUAUAUUGUUGCCUGUGUAUUUCUGUUACAGAUCAGGGAUAGGGUACAGGGGGUUCAGACCGCGUGACCUGCGAAUCGCAUCGCAAACAGUUACUGUGAUGACGUUAAGAUGCCCCUUUCCUACCCAGUCCCCCCUCUUUGGUUUUGAUUGACAGUUGUUCAUGGGAGCUGUCAGUCAGUCUCUCUGGAGCUCUUGAUGUAGCUCAGGAAUUGUGGUGGAUGAAGUCUUUUCUGAUUCUGCCGUCUAAGAUGGGCAUUCAGUUUAAGUGACAAUAUUUGUCUUCCUUAUGGUACAAAAUGCUUUUAUCCUCCGUCUGUUCAUUGGAAACUCGAUCCAGAUGUCUCUCAGUGUUUUAUAUCUUUGUGUGUUUUUUUUUUUUUUGCACUACUUAAUGUGAAAAGUCUGAAUUGAGGGUGGGAAAUGCAAAGGGAAGAGAAUGGUUUGUAUAAUGAUAACCUCUUCAGUUGUGUGUAUUUUAGUGCUGAGUUUUUCCCCCCCACCUCAUCACCCUCAGCAUAAUUGGCAUGAUGUUUUCCUCUGGCAUUCUAUGGAAAUUGAUGCAAGAUUGCCUUCCAUGACCUCACUUUGUUUUUAUUUCAAGCAACUUUUCCAAUCAUUUCCAGUGUCACAUGGAAAAUUGAAGGACAUUUUAAAAUCAUUUAAAAAUAUUAAUUUUCAUAUGCCAAUAAGUAAUGAAGGAUUCAGCUGUACGUGUAUUGUUUCAACAGGAUGACCCUUGGUUGCCUCAUACGUAUAGAAGCAUCUUUGGGUUUGGACUCUCUGGGGUGCUCCUUAGUGUUUGAAUGUAGGUUUAGUCCAUAAAAUGUGUUUAAUUUCUAAUCUAACUAUUCAUAAACUGUGGUAGGGUUACAGUGUAGAGUAACCAGAGAGAGUAUAUAGGUUAAGAUAUCAGGUUUAUGUUUUUAUUAUUAUUUACCCAAGCGUUUCUUUCUCCAAACGCUCAUUAUAUAAGCUUGUAACUAUUUUAAAAAGGAGUCAGACCUAACUUAAUGGCCACGUGGUUAAAAUGCUUCAUUUUGUCAUUUCUUUUUUAUUGACUGUAUAGUAAAAGGAACAGCGGCAUUCUGGAGCUGCAUAUGAACUUUUCGUGGGUUUGAUUGACAGAUCGCCGAAAAAAAAACCGAAAAGCCCACAUUUGUUCUCCAUUCACGUUACACCUGAAUAGUCUAGAAGGACACACUUGGAGCGCAUUUUUGGCAGAGGAAAAUGGUACCCUCACCCAGAAGCCCUCCCGGGCAAAGCGCUUCAGUAGAAGACAGGGCAAAUAGUGUGUGUGUGUGUGUGUGCGUGUGGGUGUGUUUGUGUGUGUGAGGCAGGGAGGGCAGGUCAGCUAGGGACUGUCCCCGAAAAUGAUAGCAUGCGUCAGGGACACCGGUGAAACGAACACCUUACCACCAUUCGCCUGAUUGCAAAUGUCAGCAGUCUGAUUUUUAGUGACCGCUCUUGGCCGGCUCUUCCCAGUGCGCUUCCGGGAUAUUCAACCACCAGGGGUCGCUGUUUUUAAAAAAAAAAAAAAAAAAAAUAUUAUUAUUUUUUAUUUUUGUUAACCUUCCGCAGCUCCCGAUCCCGAAGAUUAGGGACUCAUCAGGAUGACGUCGCAGCCUUCAAAACAAACCAGAACUCUAGUCCCAUGCUGUGACUUAUUCGUUAUAUGUGCAUUUGUGUUUUGUAGAUAACUUGAUCCAGUGCAAAACUUUUAUUUUGUAUUUUUAACUGUACUCGUGUUUUUUUUUCCUGCAACCGCUGUUAUGUUAUAUUACAAAGUGAUGUGACUUACAACGGCGAAACUGUGGUAUUGUAAAUUUUUAUUUGUAUUGCAUAUAGCACUACGCAAAAUAUGGAAAAUACAGAAUGUGUUCCCAGA